AUAAACUUUUUUUAACCUUCAAAAAUGCACGCACUUACCACAUUUUGAAAAGAUGGUUAAAAUUUGAGAACUUUAGAAGAAUUAAGUCAGAUACAAAAUUAAAUAAAACAGGAAGAGACCAGGCAGAGUUAGUUGGAAAACGGUUACGUAAAUUAAAAUUUGAUCAUAUCUACUCUAGUGAUUUAUCCCGGGCAAAGAAGACGGCAGAAGCCAUCGCCAAACAUCAUCCGGACACACCAUUCACUGUAGAUAUUCGACUUAGAGAAAGGGAUUUGGGGAGAUUAAGUGGAAAAUCUAUCCAAGUAGCUUUAGAUUUAAUUAAAGAGGAAGGAGCUACAUGGGAUGAUUAUGGUGAACCAGAAGAAGAUUUUAAGGCCCAGGUGGUCGAUUUCUUCAAUGAUAUGAUUGCAAAACAUUUACCAAAAAAUGAUUUUCAACAAUCAUCUGGUUCAUCAAAACAACGUAAUCCUCAUAUUUUAAUAGUUACUCAUGGUGGUGUUAUAAACAAACUUGUCAAAGAACAUGUUAUCAUGGAUUUAGGUUUCUUUGUUAAUGAUUAUUUAAGUAUGAAACAUAAGGCUAAAAAUACUAGCGUCACAAAAUUUGUUGUAAGGAGAGCUGAAAACUCUAUUUCAAUUACGGAUGAUGAUGACGCAACUAGUGUUAUUAGUAGUAAUACUACUGAAAAUGAAAGUAAUGAUGGUGAUUCUGAGAAGAUUAUUCGCCGUGAUAUUGAACGAAAGAUUCGACUAAAAGGAGAAGUUACUCUAUGGAGUUGUGUAUCACAUUUAACUUCUCAAGGCAAAAGAACACACGGUGAUUCACAAAUUGAUGACUUCGUACAUUAA